AUGUCCGACGAUGGAGGCAAGGCGCAGCGCGGGUUCCUGGCGCAAUUUGCGGCGUUCAUCGCUCCCUUCAAAGCGCCCAUCGCCGGACGCCAUGAUCAAGGAUGGCGUCCGUUUGCUCUUCGCCCCUUAUACCUGUCCUCCCUCGCGUGUCUCAUGCUUGCCAUGCUCCUGUUAAUGGAGAGCCUGCGGCAAUAUAGCAAUCGCGAAGGCGGCCUGGUCUUCUUUAACGAUACCGACGAUAUCACCUCUUUACAGUCCUUUGCCUACAACUAUGUUCCCAUCAUCGUUGCUCUCCUCCUCGUUAUGGUUUGGACUGUCACCGACUUCGAUGUUCUUCGCCUUGAGCCAUAUUUCCAGCUAUCGCAGCCGGAGGGGGCGCCCGCCACGGUCCUCUUUAUCAACUACAACUUCGGCCAAACCAUUCUCACUCCAUUCAACUCUGCCCGUCGUCGCCAUUGGGUCGUCUUCUGGGUUUCAAUCUUGAGCAUUUCGCUUCGAAUGAUCCUGCCGGCCCUGCAAAGUACGAUGUUUGAACUGAGAGAGGUCAGUCUCGUCGAUUAUGGGACCAUGAAGAGUUGGCCGAACCUGGUGGACCUCGAUGCACAAGCGACCUGGAUGUCAACACAAGCGAAAAACACUGCGGACUUGAUUCUGUCAACAGAUGAUCAACUCCGUCGGUCACGGUCUGAUUAUGCGGUGGCCCCGGUGGAAAUCCCCGAUGAUGAUGAUCAGGCAGAUGACACACUGUGGAAAUUGGAACAAGAAGUGUACUGGUCUCAACCCUCCUGCGAAGAUGUGCCCGUCAACAGCGAACUAUCCGUAAAGAUCGAAACCCCGGAUGACAGCUACCCAGUUGUCUCUUGGAAUGCUACCGGCAUUGAUAUGGACGAUUCGUAUGGGGGAUCCCAGUGCAAGCUUAAUUUCAACUAUGACACAAUCUUUUUCUCAGGGACCGACUACCUUCAAGUGCGCUACUGGGAGCCAGUGAUUACUAGCGCGGCUCGGUCUGAAUACCCUAAUACUACGAAAGCGUUCACCACCACCGGGUGUGAUCCGUAUGAUCUAUAUGGAAUGCUUAUUGCCGUCAAUGCGACAGGCACACAGUCGAAUGAAACCGUUUAUUCGGCUUCUGGAAUUGCAUUUGCCUGCGAUAUUAACUACUACAGAGCGAAGGCCCGAAUCUCAAUGCAUUCUAACAGCUCCAUCGAGUCUCUGAAUAUUGAACCGGGAACUACCCAAGCCUUAACCUCAGCAGAAUUCAAUAUCGACCAUUUCCAGGCCCUUCUCUCUCAACGUGCUCCUUAUACCAGCGACAUGCUUUUCAUUCGUGAAAAUGCCACUACCGGAAGCCGUGUUGUGACAGAACUGCCCAUCAUCAGUCAAGAACUCGGCGAUCUCCAGCCUCUUCUCAUUCUUGAUACAUCAACUGUCAUGACCCUUUCUGAAUUCGAAUCCAAAAUCAUCCGCGACGUCAAGCAAACAUUUGUUCUCACUCUUGGCCGCCUUUUUGAUCCGGAUGUUGAACCCACUAUCCUCCCUGUAACCCGUGUUACCAAUAUGGUUGCUAUUGCCGUUGUGGAGUUCGCGGCCCUCUUAUCCGAACUCAUUCUGGGAUUGACCACGUUGACUGCCAUAUACCUCCUCUUUCUUUACGGCUCCCGGCGGACCUUUUUACAAAGCGAUCCUGGCUCCAUUGGUGCUAUGUGCAGCAUCGCCGCCGACGUCUUUCACCCCUCUAACAUUCUCACCCAGCCCCAUGCCGAAUUCCAUCAAGUUUCCACUCGCCAGAUGCGACAAAUCUUCAAGAAUGCUCGAUGUCACUGGCGGCCAGGCCCACGUGGUCCUUGUUUGGAAAUUUUGGCGGAGGAUGGGUCCCCUGUGCAGCUGGAAGAAAACAUGCGAACACGCGUUGAUCCGAUGCCGCAUUUUCUUCUUAUCCCGUUCUUUAUCAUCGAGUUUUUGGCCUUGGCUGCGGUCAUAAUUUUGAUGUGCCUCGUGGUCUCCUCCCUCGCACGAGAUGGCCGAUUCCGACACCUUACCCAGUCCGAUUCAAGUUCUCUCCAGGUCGUCCUGUCCUUCUUGCCUUCCGUCGUGGCCUCCUCUGUCGGCUCGCUGUGCACAUCCAUCCACCGUAAUCUCAGCAUGCUCGAGCCAUGGGUUCAUCUUCAAAGGGGAAAGGCCUCCGCGGCUGCAUCGCUAUCUUUGAACUAUUCCUAUCAGAGUCCAUUGUCUAUCUUUUUCAAAUCGGUUCGCGAUCGCCAUCUGCUCCUCGGCUUAGUUUCUCUGGCCUGUGUCGUUAAUAUGGUCCUCACGGUUGUGGCUGGUGGGCUUUUUACCCAAGAACUGACGACGUCGACUCUCUCCACGUCAGAUUUGAUUUCCAACUACAGCCAAUCAACCUUCUGGCGCAACGACUUUGCAGCAGAGUUCACAGAGUAUGAUCUGAUCCAGAGCAGCAUCACCAGUGGCGUUCCUGUGCUGUCAUGGACCAGCCCCAAUGAGUCAUUCGUACCCAUCGAUGUCCUCAAACAUGACUCCAGCGUUCUUUACGGUGCAACCACUCUUGGUGUGGGUGCAUAUCUUCAAUGUGAGACUCUGUCGGUUGACGAGGGUCUUGUCAAGAACAAAACUUCAAGUCACCAGUACUGGCACUACACAAUGUUCGACAACUCAUCGAUGGAAUGCACUGCAGCUAUGCCGUCGUUAAAGAGCAAAGAAGGCGUUGCGCUUUCGAUUCACUUCUUGUCUCCUGGGGAUGUGAAUGAGUCGGAUAUUUGCCAAACCUCGACGGUUCUUGUUGUCGGCCGCUGGCAUUAUAUGGCAGACACUGCCGUCACGGACAACAACACCAUCGCCCUGCAUUGUGAACCCCAUGUGAAAUUGCAAAAUUACUCCAUUAUUUUCGACCAGAAGGGCCAGAUUGAUGAUCAAACUCCUAUUGCAAAUACAACCAUUGGAUCCGGCGCCAUGUACAACAAUGCAACGGUCAGCCUGGGACAGUUCAACAAGGUGUUCGCCUCGAUCCCUGAGAGCUACGUCGGCAAUACAACUGCUCAUAAUGGCAGCUACAACAUAUCAUCCUAUGACUGGGCCGGGUUUCUGGUUGCUCGCCUAUAUCAACGUCACGACCCCGACUUCGACUCACUGAAUGCCGAGCUCCUGACCGACAUGACCCAGACGGUGUACCAGUGGGUAUACAGCACCUAUUUCUCUAUCUGGCGUGAUCUCUACCUCGAGCCGCUCAAUCAACCCAUUCAAGCCACUAAUGCCACCGUCAUCCAAAGCCUAUGGGGCAUGACACCAUCAAUCCCGUCUCUCACGAUCGCCUUGAUUAUAAUCGCGUUCGACACCUUGGUGGUUCUUCUCGUAUUUGGAACUCGUCGCGGUCGCUUCAGUGGCCCGCGAAUGCCACGGUCUAUCGGAGCGAUUGUUCCUUGGGUCGCACAUAGCCGGAUGCUGCGCGACUUCGACAACACCCACUCGUGGAGUAGCACUCAGCGCCGGGAUCACCUCACCUCUCUUGGCAAGCUUUACGGCUUCCGCAUGUUUACUGGCCCCGACGGCCGUUCGCGGUUUGCCCUCGAUGAAGAGCCCGCCGAUAUUAAACCCCCCCGACACUUCCCCAUCACCCCCCACCGACCUCGACACCGAGGCCAACAAAACCACGUCCAUCCAAUUGCGAGAGCUCUCGUCGUUCUUCUUGCAGUCGCGGGUGCGGAACUAAACCCCUCUUGCCCUUCUUCUUUCUCCAUUUAUUGUGUU